ACGUUAGGCGCAUUUUUCAAAAUGGCGUCGUCGCAUGUCAACACUUGCUCCACGAUAUGACAAUAGUUACGUUCGUAGGCGAAUCGCGCCUUAUUUUGAAUUUUCAUCGGAAAGUCACUAUCCUAUAAAAACAAUGAAUUUUUCCGAGCUGUUUAGACAGUCACAUCAACUCUGCAGAUUUUCUCCUGAUGGAAAAUAUCUUGCCUCAGCCAUUGACUAUCGUCUUGUCGUGCGUGAUGUGGAAACCUUACAGAUUCAUCAGUUGUUUUCAUGCCUUGAUGCAGUCCAGUAUAUAGAGUGGUCAUCCGACUCACUUUUUGUCCUUUGUGGAAUGUUCAAGCGAGGAAUAGUACAGGUAUGGUCAUUAGAGAACCCAGAAUGGCAGUGCAAAGUGGAUGAAGGAUCAGCAGGUUUGUGUGCUACACGAUGGGCGCCAGAUGGCCGACAUAUCUUGACUACAGCAGAUUUUUAUCUGCGCAUCACUAUUUGGUCACUGGUCACAAAGUCUGUUUCCUACAUUCGAUAUCCCAAGCAGUGUCAGAAAGGUUUGGACUUCAGUGACAAAGGCAAGUACUUGGCACUGGCAGAGAGAAGGGAUUGUAAAGACUUUGUCAGCAUCUUUGCUUGUGACACCUGGUCUUUAGUCCGACACUUUCAGACUGAGACAGAUGACCUAGAUGGAUUAGAAUGGUCACCAGAUGGGCGAGUCCUGUGUGUCUGGGAUUCAUGCCUGACUUAUCGAUUGCUCCUGUAUUCUCUUGAUGGAAGAUGUGUGGGCCGAUAUUCGGCUUAUGAUUAUGCUCUUGGGAUCAAGUGCAUUGCAUGGUCCCCCUCUGCACAGUUCUUGGUUGUGGGCAGUUUUGAUGAAAAGGUUCGAAUCCUGAAUCAUGUCACAUGGAAGACAAUCUGCACCCUGUCUCAUGCCACCACAGUCGAUGGCAGUAGUGUGGUUAUUUAUCGUGAAACAGAGACUCGUGCCACAGCACACAGCGGAGGGGAGUUGUCUGCCCCUACAGCUACAUUGUUUGCAGGACAGAGCAAGUAUGAGAUUGAGACUGGCAGUUUCACAAUUCCUGUUGUUAAACCUGCUCAUAACAAAGCCAAUCCAAAGGUUGGAGUGAGCUGUGUGUCUUUCUCUCCUGACUGCAAAUAUUUAUACACCAAAAAUGACAACAUGCCUACAGUACUAUGGGUAUGGGAUGUCCCGCAGCUGAAGUUGUGUGCUGUGCUCAUCCAGGCUUCCCCUAUCAAGUGUGUCAAGUGGGACCCCUUGAAGCCACGCCUUGCUUUAUGCACUGGGAAUAACAAACUGUACAUGUGGUCACCAGAGGGCUCUCUGUGUGUUGACAUCCCAGCUGAAGCAUCAUUUCAGGUGACCUCAGUUCAGUGGCAGCCUGAUGGUGGAUCUCUCUUGCUUGUUGGUAGAGACCAGAUGUGCGUAUGCUUCCUGACAGCAUCAUGUGAGGUCACUGACACUACUGCCACAACUGCCAAUACCACCACCAGUAAAAGUUCUGCAGCUGUUGCAUCAUAAUACUUGGUCUUUUGUGAUAAAAUUUGUUGAAAUAUUCCAAGCAUAACCUGUCACUGUGGCAGGAUACACCAGUCUGAAGUUAGGAAUAUGGAAGCAGUGUGAAACAGCUUUAAGUUUUAAAUAGGAGGGUGAUAAACAAUUUGCUUUAAGGUCUUUUUCUCCAGGUGGAUUUCAGAUGUCAUUACCACCUGUUGGUGGUGAUCCUGUUGAGUUUUCUUUAUCACUUGAUAGGCUGUGAAAUUAUGUGCAUUUCCCUCUCAUUCUUUAGAGCAACAGAGGAUAGUGAGAAAGUUCAGAUUUUUAUUUAAAUGGUUUUGGAAAAAUACUGUUGCAUUCAUUAUGCUUGUUCCACUAGGAUUCUUUUAAAGUAUCUUGUCAUGUAAAAGCAUAUGCAAGCAUAGAAACAUUUUCUUCCAAAGAUCUAAGCUGCAUCAAAACUGUGCAUUUGUCCUGCAGUCAUAGAAAUGUUUCUUUUUAAAGGAUUGAAUGGGGAGUUAUAUGAAACUGGGCACAAGUGUGUACCUUAUGUUAAAUCAUUUCUGUUAUAUAUUUUUUAAGUUUAUUUAUUAAGUAAGCAUUAAGCUUAACCUCUUAUUAUGUGUCACUUGCAGUGUGGCCAGUAUAAUAUUUCUCUCAUGUUGGGUUAUGUGCCUUGGGAGUAUAUCGCAUAUUUUUGUAUGUUUUUUAAAAAAAAAAAAAGUGCUGUGUCAGAUAGGUGGGAGAAUAGCAGUCUCUAGAUAUGCCUGAUAUUAAAUAUUUUUUUUGAAAUCUAUUUUUUCGUGUUUGUUUUAUUUUUAGAGAACAGUGUAUAAUAGUCAUAGUGUCCUUUGCGAGUUGAUAGUAUUGCUUAGUUGACAGCAAGGUUUUCAUUUGAUUGUUUUUGUUAGAAGCCAAGCUUUACAUCUUUCAAUAUGGUUAAGUUUUACCUCAGAGUUGCUGACCUGAAGAAGAAGGCUGCUAGCCACUACACUCUGAAAGUAUAAGGCUUCUUGAAGUAAUUGGCAAGUGUUUUUGGAGGAGGAGAAAUCUCACCCUGCGCAUUUACAGUCUCUGGGCACUCUUAAUGCCCAGCUGUAGACUGUUUUCUUUGAGAAGUUAAAAGAUAUAACAUUGCAACAAGAUUUUAUAAAAAUUGAGGACAAGUACAAGCAGAGAAUAAAUAAAAUUUGUCAUGAAUGCAAAGAAAAAAGUAGCUGUCAGCAUGUACAGUACUUUCGCUUGUAAUUUAAUAUAGUUGAUAUCUGCACUGGAUAUAACAUUCCUUAUUUAAAAGGAAAUUUUAAAAAUAAAUUUCUUAUGAUUGUAAAAGUAACUAAAGAUUGUAAAUCAUACAACAUAAAUCAUUGUCAUGAGUUCACAAGAGAUGUGCUUGAUAUAAAUGGUAAUAAAUAGACUAUGGCUGGCAUUUUACAUGAAAUGGCAGCUAAGCUUAUGAAACCUUUAAAGUGGACUAAUCACACAAAAAUAAUUUAAGGUGCUGGUGACUGGAAGUCAUUUUAAAGAGGUGAGUUUUAGUUGUUUGAAAUUACUUAAAGAUGGAUUUUGGCAGAGAAGCAAGGGGAGAGUGUUCAAGAAGAGGAACCAGCAUACAUGCCAAGCUGGCCAGCUGUUAUGCAUGUGUGACCUACCUGCAAAAUAUCCAGUAAAUGUAGAUUGCGUGACAUAUGCUCUCAUUAUAGAGUUUUGUGAACUUGAACUAACAAAUGAUUACAGGACACUUUUGUUACAUAAUGAUAAUGGCAAUGCUUCUCUAUAAAAAAAUAAAAGGCAAAAAUGUUUUUAAUUAUUUAAUAAAAGCCUACUCUGACACAAAAAAAAUUUGUCCAAUUUUGUGUAAAUCAGUGAAAAUUCCACUGCAACAUUGAUAAUGCUUAAAAUUGAUAGACCUAUGUACAUAAAAUAAAAAUCUGAAACAAUUUUUGAUAUCCAAUUGUUUCUUAGCAUUCAGCAAUUCCAUGUCUUCCUGAUCUUAUACUGAUUUUCUGGGGAAAAAAACAGUAUCAAACAAUCUCCCAGAUUGAGGCAGCACAAAGAAUAUUUCCUAAAUUAAAGAUGUUCACAUUCAAGGCAAAGUGUGGUGUAGAACAAACAAGAUUAGUAAAUUUCACAGAUUACAACAGUCACCUAUAGACCUAUAAAGCUUUCCUCGGUGCACCUUCAGCUAGAAAAGAAAAUGCUUUUCCAACAACAUAUGUUGCAACUUUAACUGUAUUUUUAACUGGUUGUCAUGGCUUAAUAAGAAUGAAAAAUGGCAAAAGAAAAUUAUCUACUGAUACCCCUUGAACUAAAUGCUGAAAAAAUCACUAGAGCUGGUUUGUGCACAGCUAAUUGCAAUUUCCUUAUCUUACAGGAUAACUAUAUAAAUAUCUCUGAAUCUACAUGGGUGCACUUCUCUCAUGACAUUUAUCAUGCAUCUACAGAUUUACAAGUCACUAACUGGCAUGUUAUCAAAGGUUAUAUCUACGAUGGGUAUAGCUGCAACAUUUAGCAUACUUAAGUGGUUCAUUGUAUAGCUGGAAAAAGCUAACAGGAGACUUUGUGAUGCAGGUACCAAAAAAAAAAAAAAAAAAAAAA